GCAUAAUGUUUGAUUUUCUCUUCCAGCAUCUUUUUUACCGAUCCCGCGGAUAUUAGGAAAUGCAGCACUUCGACCAGCUCAAGAACUUCGAUCAAAGGAACAUCAAUGGCAUCCGAGUCAUGAUUUGGCGGUUAGUCUAUGAAGUUGGAGUGGCGUUCAAGUGCGACUGUUGAAUAUAGAAUUGGAAUUGAGUUACUGAAUUGAUUCUGACAGGACGAAUUUAAAAGGCAAUUCGAUUAGGCAGAUUGGACGUGAAGUGAAUAUUCUUGAGCUAGUUUGACAGAGACCAGUCUGGACGGAGUCGCAACCAUGACGGUGAUUUCAAGCUUUGCUCGCCGUAUUGCUGGCGUUGGUGGGAACGAAACGUUAACGUUGUAUAGUCUGGCCUUGAGUAUUGAAUGGUAGCGUUGGUUAUUCUGUGCUCCUUUUCCUUUUUCUUACGGUCAACUUCCGGAUGUACUAUGGUCGUGGUUCUCGAAGGAGUCAAUCGUUGAAGAUCUGGUUAUUGUUUUUCUAUCCGACUCUCACUCCGGAAGGCCUAGCCUAUUUUACUUCAUCCGCUGUCACAUCGAAGACUCUUCGUGGCCUUGCGCCUAUCAAUGAACAUCGUUAUCGCCGACCAUUGUAGGGUUCCUUCGGCCCUUCGAGACCUCCAAAGACUACACCAUUAUAUCCCAGAUGCAGGUAUAAAAGCUAUCCAUUUGCUGGCCUUAGCUCCCCAGGAACUGCUUGAAUUCCUACUAGCUCUCGAUAUCACCUCUACCAUGCAAUUGAAGUACCUCGUUGGUCUCUGCCUAGUCAGCGCAACCCUUGCGCUCCCUGUUGUCGACGGCGACGGCGGCCACUAUGGUGGUAACCACGACGGCGGUUCUGGUGGAGGAGGAGGAAAGUGCAAAACCGGCCCCGUCCAGGUAAAGCCACUGCACUAUACGCUGUUACACGACUCCCUUCGAACUAACUUGACUGUUUCUAGUGCUGCGACAGCGUCCAAUCCUCUAAAAGUAGUGGGGCCAGUAGUUUGCUGGGUUUGCUCGGCGUCGUCCUUAAUAGCAAUAUCCCUGUUGGGAUUUCCUGCAACAAUAUCGGUGUCCUCGGGGGGAACUCUUGGUAAUUUGGAUUCCUCUCCGAUCAACCUCGUCCCUCAAUCAUCUUUACUGUACAGCAACGCACAAACCGUUUGUUGCGAGGAUAAUACGUUCAAUGGAGUCAUUGCUCUGGGCUGUACGCCCAUCAACCUCAACUUGUAG